GCGUGUCUUUCCCCGCAAAGAAAGGGGCAUCCAUGUAAUCAGAAGCGGUACUGCGGCGGGGGGGUAGCUGCAUCGCGGGCGCCGCCAGCCCCUGUUCUUGUCGCUCACACACAACGCAGUCGCGUGCGCGUACGCACAGCUGACGCGCCUUCCUCCGCAUUCGCCUCUAGCAUCCCUCCUGUGCUCCCGCGCUUCCCGUCGCUCUCAAGAUCCUGCACGGUCUCGUUCGUGUGUUUCUUCUCGCGCGUUACAUUUACCGUUGCGCUACGUGCGAGCGUGCUUGCGUUCUGUCCGGCGUAGGUGGUUGAGCAGCGGCAACGACGCACCUGUGGACUGCGUGAUUUCAGUGAAGUGACGUGUUUUGCGAAGCCUCGUCGUCGUCGUCGUUGGGGGUAAGCGGGCACCGAUCGAAUUGGCGCCUUGCCUCAACGGUGUUCUCGGGUGAACGUCGAAACAGGAAGACGAAGCCGAAGGGAUCAGACAUGGAUAAGGAGCCCGUGCUCCUCACCAUCCAGCCGCUGGAGAAUGGCAAGCUGGACGCGGCCUACAGCAACCACGGCUCCGAAAAGAGCCUCAACUCGCUGCCCGAUAUCGACAAGAACUACUUGGUGGCGCCCAGAUUAACUUUGGACGACCAGCGGUCGAUAACGAGCUCCAUCGACAGCAGGGCAAGCGGCAGCCGGAACUUCGAGAGCAUCAAAAUAGAAUGGAAGAACCUGCGGUUCAAGGUGAAGAGUGGAAAGGGCACGAAGACGCUGGUGGACAACAUGAGUGGUGCUGCGCGGCCUGGAACACUGACGGCCAUCAUGGGUCCAUCGGGCGCCGGCAAGACCACGCUGCUCAACCUACUCAGUGGAUUCUACGACACAGGCUACGAAGGGGAAGUGCAAAUCAACGGCUACGUGCGGGCUCCGCGCCUGUUCACCAAGCAGAGCUGCUACGUCAUGCAACAGGACCGACUGUCUCCGACGCUCACCGUCCAGGAGGCACUCACCAUGAGCGUCGAGUUGCGCAUGCCCUUCCUGGACAAAGUGAGCAAGAUGGAGAAGGUGAACCACUCGAUCCAGGGCUGGGGACUGUACGAAUGCCGCAAGACGCGCACGAGCGAACUCUCGGGUGGUCAGCGCCGGCGGCUGGCCAUCGCCCAAGAGCUCGUCAACAACCCGCCCGUGGUUUUCCUGGACGAACCGACGAGCGGUUUGGACAACGUAUCUAGUCUACUGUGCGUUCAGAUCCUCAAGGAGAUGGCGGAACGUGGACACACCGUGAUCUGCUCGAUACACACGCCAAGCGCCAAGAUCUUCUCCCACUUCGACUUGCUGUACAUGGUAUCAAAAGGCCGCUGCAUAUACAAUGGCCAUGUGGACGAUCUGGUUCAGUUCCUUGCGCGGCACAGCCUGAAUUGCCCUCAAUACCACAAUCCUGCAGACUACGUUUCCGAAGUGGCCGCUGGCGACUACGGGGACUACACGGACGAGCUGGCCAAAGAGUUUGAGGAGCCGUAUCCUGAAGAAAAGGAGUCGGGAGACCACAAGCGACGGACGAAAUACGGCGGCAAGAUCAUGUCCGAAAGACACAUUGCCGAGGCGAACAAGCUCUACAGCUUCACAACUUCCAGCUUUCAUCAAUUAGGAAUCCUACUCCGGCGGUGUUGGCUGUCCGUUGCCAGAAACAAGGUGGCCACUCCUUUGAGGUUCGCCGCAUACCUGGCGUUCGCCAUCAUGAUGAUUAUGCUGUACUACGACAUCGGCAAGAAGGCGUCUACCGUUAUCAACAACGCAAACAUGUUCUUCGGCAUGUGCUGCAUCGUCAUGUUCCAGUCCAUCCUGCCCACGGUGAUCGUCUUUCCCAUAGAGAUCUCGGUGCUUCAGAGAGAGCACAGAAAUCGCUGGUACAGCGUCAAGCUCUACUACCUCGCUCGCUACAUCGUCGAGCUCCCAUUUUUGGUUAUUCCUGUGAUUAUGCUCAUAGCGCUGAUUUACUACCCCACCGGUCAACCGCUUGACAUGUGGAGAAUAGCGAGCCUGGCCCUGUUCAACAUUCAGCUUUGCUCCUCCAUUCAAGCACUCGGUCUCAUCGUUUCAGCAGUCACAAAGCUGCAGACGGCGGUGUUCGUCGCGCUCCCGGUGGUGUCGCCGUUCUUCUUCUUCAGCGGCUUCUUCGUGCAGUCGCACCUCGUGUCACCGUACAUACGCUGGCUGACGUACCUGUCGCCCAUGUACUACGCUUACCACGGUAUGCUGCUCUCGGUGUACGGCUAUGACAGGCCGCCGCUCAGCUGCGACGACUUCAUCUGUCUCUACGAGGACCCCAAAGAGUUCCUCCAGUUCACCGGCACGGCGGACAAGAAGUUCCACGUGCUCGUGCUGUCUCUGUUCGGCUUUGAGAUUGUCUUCCGCACGGUCGCCUUCGCACUACUCAGGCUCAGGCUCAGGCAAAAGGAGUGAAGAACGCGUGCCCACGGACAUAUUGUGCAGACUUGCUGGUCAUGCUUUCAAUGGGCAAACGUCUUCAGCCAUAUGUAAGCAAUGGAUAGAAGGGACAUGUUGAAGACCUAGACCCGUACUGUGUGUUGUGUUCGUUCAGUUCCGUUCUCAUGAGAGGACUUCUCAUCUUCAUCUUGUAUAAGCACCAUCUAUGGCAGGGAGCUCAAGUUUCAUUAUGUGAGAACAAGGGUGCAAUUUUUCUUAGGCCGCCAGAUUUUCAAACACUGUGUGCGGUCUUUGCUCCUUUACUGCCUCCUGCUGGCACAUUCUUUGCCCACAUCAAGCGGUAAAUGACGCAGAAUGUCUUCUCGUUUUUUUUCUUUUUCUUUGAAAAUUAACUGUUAAAGCUGCCUUCGGUGUAACCCAAAUAUAACCCAAGUGUUGGUCAGAGACAAAUGUAAAUAAAAAAAAACGAAGAUUACGGCAGGACCUAGGUUGUGUGCUUGAUCCUUCUUUUCGCCUUUAUGAAAUUCGCCAUUUUUAUUGCAAUGUGUGUACACCCAAAGAACCAAACCAAAAUGCUCAGAGCAAUGCUUCCCAGUGUGUACCAUGCAUGUCGUGUGACUGCCAGCCUCAAUUUCUUCCACCCGCCGUGGUUGCUCAGUGGCUAUGGUGUUGGGCUCUUGAGCACGAGGUCGCGGGAUCGAAUCCCGGCCACGGCGGCCGCAUUUCGAUGGGGGCGAAAUGCGAAAACACCCGUGUGCUUAGAUUUAGGUGCACGUUAAAGAACCCCAGGUGGUCAAAAUUUCCGGAGUCCUCCACUACGGCGUGCCUCAUAAUCAGAAAGUGGUUUUGGCACGUAAAACCCCAAAUAUUAUUAUUAUUCAAUUUCUUCCUUGCGAUUGCACUGGGAAUAAGCCGAAAAAGGCGCAAUCGCGAUCACGAGGUCUUUGUAUUGGUGCAAGUGCCCUGUGCAGCGUUCAUUGUGUAGCCGUCUAGGUAAUCGUAUUUCUGUCGGCUGGCUCAGGUUUGACAACCAUGACAUGAGCUCCGGUUAUGGGGUUGUCGGUUUUCUUUCUUCUCACACAGAAUUGUGCAAUGACGAUUAUAAUGCAGUUUUAAGACAACUUCAACAAUGUUUGCCACACCAUGAAGACGGAUUUCUUCUCUGCGAGUGAUGAUGCGACUUUCGAUGAGGCUGCAUGCAUGUUUUUCCUGCGCGAAGAAUGCUACAUACCUGUCACACUGAAGGGCAAAAGUGAGACAGGUAACACUUUAUUGUUCUUCGGUGAUGUUUGAUAAGCGGCUUCUUGGGCAUUGGAUUCUUCCUUCAGCGUGCAGGUUAUGGGAAGUGCGCUGCCGGGUAUUCUUGAUCCUGAAGUUUGGUGGCCGCAGUCAGCUCGCCGGCAUUCUGGAAAAAUGAGCUGGUUGAGAAUGACAUACCCAUAACACCUGACAACUGAAGGGCAAGAAAGUAUAAUGAUAUUCUUCCUUUUGACAAGCAGGUCAGUGGAGGCGGGUGUGUGGUUUCAUCGCCGGGUUCACUGUGUGCUAGGACAGUCGAAGCCAAACGAUCACAAACAACGAGUGGCAUGAGAAAUGUUAGUUUUCUAACACUCCAGGCACAACGGUCUGUUUUCUUUAUUUGUUUUUUUUUUUGUUUUUUUAAGCGUGUCAUGGACUUUUGGGUUUGAUCGCUACAGUGCUCACGAUACCACUCAUAGACAGCGGAGGACUUCAACUUUUUCUCGGUGCCCUUGAUUCAAAACCUUUUAUGAUGGAUUGUCCAUGUAUGGUGCGUGGAAUAGUUUCGACCUAAUAUUGUUCCAGUUUCUUUAAAGUGCUUUUUAUUUUAGGAGCUUUUGUUUGGGGCUAACCUUCCGCAGAGCUAUGUUGGCUAACCUUGAGUGAGAAAAAUAAGACGGUAUGUCUUAUGUGUUCUGUGUGCAUCCUUUUCAAUUCAAUGUUUACAAGCUUUUUAAAGCUUGAGAGUAUAUGUAAAGGUUGCUUCGAACUUUUUAUUACAAAAAGUUGAUAAAGGACUAUUUGCGUCAGGUUUGAACGUUCUGUAUACGCUGUCAAAGCCCACUGCGGACUCUUGUUUAUGACUGUGGAUUUUACGAAGUGUUCUCUACUCUUCACUUUUAUUUUAUGUCACUAUCCAGGUUUUCUAAGUGACUGUGACGCUUCGUCAUCAUGUAAUUUUAUUGGGCUCUUGUAUCGUGUCAUGUCCUGUAAACUAUUCUCCUUGUAAUUUCAUUCUCUCUUUUUUUUGUGCUGAGAUGUGCUCACAAGUUUCAUUACAUCAUGCUUUGCCGUACCGAAUCAAAACUAUGGAGCACUUCUAGAAGAGAUCGAAAAAUAAGGAAAGCAGAAAAGGACAGCGGGACUUCCUACUCUGCACUUCAAUUGCAAAAAUUUCACUGCACACUUCCCGAUCUUCUCUAGGAAGCGUAACGUCGUUCCUACAAAUUAUUCAGUGGUAAUUGAAACUUUUGGGUGAUACAGAAGGCUUCUUUCCGCAAGUUCGGGCAUGGUAGACUGCUAUUGAAUAUAACGAACCUUGCAUGUGAGAUUCAGUUCUUAUUUGAGCGCCGAUAAAGUGUCAAAGAACUAGGGAGAGACAAUGAGCGUAAGAGCUAGAUGUAGAUGAGUUCUAUUUUUUUUUCGUUUUUGGCGGGAAACGAAGAGCACCACAACAACAAACACACCUAUACACUGACGUUACUCUUGUAUAUGCACUAGUAAGGUGCGUGUAGUCGGGGAUGUGUGUCUGGAAGACAUCACUUUCGGCCAUUUUACGGGCAUUUCGGAUUUGCUUCGUAUGGUGCAAUGACCACAGUGUCAUUAUGUGUUUGACCUCCACGAGGUCUACCUUGCCGAAAAGUUUAGCUCUUGAUUUUUUUAGACCAUUUAUAGCCACCUGCGUUUAUGAAAGCGAAGCGAUAGGUUUGAAUUAUACUCAUUGUCACUGUAUAAAAUGUUUUUAUUCCUUG